CAUUAACGGUACUAGAUCGUUUGCGAAUUGCAUUAUCAAAUCUUGAAAGAAUUCCUGCCCACAAAUUACCCUCUCCACCACAUCAAAAACGUAGAGCAAGUGUAGCAAUAAUAAUUAGGAUUAGACCUUUUUCUAAAAAUAAUUGCCAUUAUAAUGAAGAAAAAAAUAUUAAUAAUAAUGAUGAAGAAUUAUCUUCUUUUAAAAAUAACAUUAGAAGUAUAGAUGAUUUUUGGACAUUACCCUGGGUAAAUGAUGGAAUACCGGAAAUUCUAUAUAUUCAACGUGCAUUAAGAGAAGGAGAUCGUUGGAGUGGUCAAAUGGCGUUCCCGGGUGGAAAGCAAGAUCCAGAAGAUGCGGAUGAUUUGGAUACAGCGGAAAGAGAAACUUUUGAAGAAGUUGGAUUUGAUCUUGGUAAUAAUGAAUUAUUUAUGAAUGUUGGAGCAUUGGAUGAUCUUGAAGUCACUACAACAUUUGGAAAAACUUUAUUGAUGGUAUUAUGCCCUUUUGUUUUUAUACAAUUAACCCGAGAAUCACCAAAAAUAGAAAUAUCGGGAUCAGAAGUUGCAUCGACACAUUGGAUUCCAAUAUCAGUUUUUUUUGAUCCCAAACUUUCUCAAAAAUUUAAUCCGAUUUCAAUUGAUUUAUCACCUCGUCUUGCGCCACAAUCUUGGAUACUUCAAAAUAUUUUAAAAACAUUGAUAGGUCGGAUGCAUUUUCAUUGUAUCGAUUUACCUCAAUCGAAUUUAACAACGACAGAAACAACACAAUCUUUAGAAAUGUCAUCUGAAAAAUUGCCUGAAAAAUCUUCGGAUGAAUUUCAUAAUACAACAUUAAGACUUUGGGGUUUAACAUUACAAAUGACAAGUGAUUUAAUGGAUAUGAUGUAUAGACUUGAUGAAGAACCUCCCAGAAGACUAGAUGCUUCUCGACCAAAAUUUGAUUAUUGGGAUGACAAAAUGGGCGAGUGGCUGGAAUGA